CACCCGCUCAAGUUAGCGCUGGAGAAGCUAGCUCGAAUCUAUACAGAAGAUUCACAGCGCUCGCAGUUCUGGUCCCGGUUCCAGGCGCUCCUAGGGACCUGCGGAGACUAGGCGGAUCGCAGCUGAGCUGGGAAGCCGGGGGCGAGCGUGCGGAGCCUUUCCAGGCGAAACGCACCGCCCGGGCGGCGCCCAGCAUGGAGUGGGAGCUGAAUCUGUUGCUGUACCUGGCGCUCUUCUUCUUCCUGCUCUUCCUCCUCUUCCUCCUGCUCUUCGUGGUCAUCAAGCAGCUGAAGAACUCGGUGGCCAACACAGCCGGGACGCUGCAGCCCGGGCGCCUGUCGCUGCACCGGGAGCCUUGGGGUUUCAACAACGAGCAAGCCGUGUGACCCGGCUGGCGGGGGGUCUCAGUUCCGCGGGGAUCCAGAUCUACGUCAUCUGGACUCAGGCUGAAGUCCUUGACUGGUGGCUCCCAGGACCAAAACUCC